AAGGUGAACGAGAUGAAGGCAUUCCCUUUCAGUUGAUGUUCAUCCUUCUCCUCGCCACACCGCUUCAGGUGUAUUGUGGCACUCAGUGUUAGACAUUGCAAGGUGAUUUGCCAUUCAUUUUACGCGCAAUUUCCCGGGUUUUCCUUCUCUUGCAAGAACUUUCGUGUGUCACAAGUAGAUCCACGUGAGAGGAUUAUUACCCCAAAGAGAACCCAUCGAACUCAUACGGAUUUUUACAAAAAUUGCAAAUCAAAUACAAGAAAAAAGUAUUGUGAUUAAAUCUGCCUCACUACAUAAAGCAGACAUCUUCAGCCCAAUUGCAAUUGAAAGCUAUUGCAGAGGGUGAGAGAGAAAAAACGGAGAAAAUCAAUAGGAAGGAAACGAAAGAAUAAUCAUCUGUAAAUCAUCUUUGCAGCUAUAAGAAAUGGACAGAAGGCUGGUCAGACGGAUCUUGUGCAAAAAGUGUUUUUAGCAGCAAAAAUUGACGGGAUUGUCGUGAAAAUUUAGUGCUGAUGACAAUGACGCAUGUGUGAGAAAGACGUGGGAGAACAAAAAAAAAAGCAUCUCUGUGCCGAGAAGAGACGCGAAAAGCCUCCGUGUGUUAUGCUAUCCACACAAAUAAUAUUCUACCUUCUCGCAACGCUCUAUCCACUCACACUUUCAUCCAACACAGAUGUUCCAUCAUCAGCCGGUGUGAGCUUUCGCCACCAACCCGGUUAUCAUGUGUUCGAACCAUCGAAAGCUUCCCCCGUUGGAGAUCGAAAAAUCCGCAGUGCUUUUCACUAUAUGCAGAAUACAAGCGAAAAAUUCAUCAUUCAAGGAAAAGAACAUCCAGCGCGGAAUAAUACGCGAUCGGCUUGGAGACCCAAAUUCGCCAUUCCCCGUGAAACUUCCACCUUUGCACUGGACUCAAUGAAGUUCAACUGCUCGGAUAAAUACGCACCUGAGUGUAGGAAUAAAACGCGACAAUUUCGGGGAAAAAUUGUGGAAUUGCUGGAAAAGUCUGCAAAGGAAAACCCCGAAGAGGGUCCAAAUAUCUACAAUGUCACCUACAAGUCACGACGGGCCCUAAAGAGCCCCAUGUGUGGGAUACUGAAGGCAGGAUUGAGGACGCUGCGGAGGAAAGACUUUAUCAAAAUUCCCGAACGAUUUACUUUGUUUGAUUUGGUGCCAAAGAGACGAAUCUUCGACAAGCAGAACAUUAAGAGUUGUGCCGUCGUCUCGAGCGCUGGAUCCUUGGCGAAUUCCAAAUUGGGCAGGUUUAUUGAUUUGCAUGAUUUGGUGAUGCGCUUCAAUCAUGCUCCAACUGAAGGAUUCGAAGUUGAUGUUGGCAGCAAGACAACAAUUAGACUCAUAAAUUCUCAGGUGGUGAGUAAGGCAGAAUUCCAAUUUCUCACAUCGCCCAUCUUCCGGAAUAUCACAAUUGCCGCGUGGGAUCCAUGCCGCUACAACGCAUCUCUGGAUGAAUGGCUGGAGGCACCGGAUUUCGAUCUCUUCACCAACUUCCAGCUCUACUCCAUGGACAAUGCAUCACGGGGGAAUUUCUACAUAAUCGACCCAAGAUCAAUUUGGCGUCUCUGGGAGAGUCUUCAGGACUACUUUCAAACGCCCGUCCGACGAAAUCCUCCCUCAUCGGGCUUUCUGGGCAUAGCUCUACUCAUCCCCAUUUGCUCGUACAUUGAUGUGAUUGAGUACAUCCCUUCGGUGCGUCUCAAUGGACGAUGCCACUACUACGAUACAGAAAUGAAUCCCGCAUGCUCCUUCGGGGAAUGGCAUCCACUUGCUGCAGAAAAGCUCAUGGCACUCGAUAUGAAUUCAGCUGAUGACUAUGCCAUCUUCCAGUCAGGCAUCCUUCGAAUUCGUUCCUCACAGCGUAUGGAUUGCAAAUAAUAUAUUUUUUUCUUUCCACGGAAGUGAUCUUUUUCGCAUUUCAAAUAAAUUUUAUUUCCCCCUUUGCACAAAA